UUGAAGGGCUUGUUGAUUGAUUUUAUUUUCCAAACUUUUCCUGUGUUUUUAAAGAAUCUCAUUCAUAAAUCAAGAUUGAAACGAGUAUUUUAUGAUAUGUAAUAUAGUUCUUCACCUAACGAAAUUUAUUCUUAUUAAUUAUGGAUACGAAGGAGUAUGCGCUCAAUAGUUUGUGAUUAUGUCUGCGCGUAAUUAUUUAUCGGCCCGUGAAAAGAAUAUCAACAAAUACAUUGAUUCCUUGCCGCAUAUAAAUUCGCAGAAGUUUAAUUAUCGUUCUGAGCUGCCUGCUCUAUCGGCUAGCAAGAAUAAUCAUGUAAAUCGUAAUUUAAACUAUUCUUUCGAAGUGCCUUAUCGCUUGGGCAGUUCUGAGAGGCCUACUACUCCAUUUUCAGACUUCUUUUCGGAGAGUGAGACAGGGACCCCAGAUUUUCGCAGUGAAGAAAGUGACAGCAGUGCGGGCUCAGCAUUAUUAAGGAGCACAGCAGAAGCCACGAGGACCUUGGCGGCAGAGUGGGACAGGAUAGAGCGGACUCUGUACAGUGAGGAAGGGGAGAAAAGCAAUCGGCCACAGAUCAUUGAGGAGUGCAAGCAGUGGCGGCAGUUGCAUCCACAGCUUAGGGUCAUCGGCAAAGCUAUAUUGCUACCAGAAAAGCGGUUAUCUUUCAGAGGAAUCGAACAUGACGAAGUAAUAGCUAUGCACUACAGUGAUUACGAAGAAUUCAGUGAAAGCGAGGAGCGCCUAUCUCUGAGCAGCACCGACGUCACACCUCAAAACUCCCCGAGAAUAUCCAUAGAAAACCUGAGUGAGACCAAAAUGCAGCGUGAAAAGGUAAAUCUAUUUUCUAUGUUUGGAGACGAGCAUGAGCUUCCUGACUCAUUUUGCUCACUCCUACACAUUACACCGAUACAAAUACGGAGUCCUUUACAAAGGAAACGACAAAAUCCUUUUAUAAAAUCGGAAAUCGCGUCGUCACGCUGGAUGCGCAACUCGCGACCCGAAUCCUCGGUAAACUAUGAUCGGAACAGUGCAAAGUCUUUUGUUUCUUUGGAUCCAUCCAAUUAUGGAACAGCUAUGAGCGCUUCCGAGCGCAAAAACGGGAUUAAUGGCAGAGUUAUCACGGCGAAAAGUAGAGAUUUGGCCAAAUUGGAGCCGCUACAUACUCCUGAGUACCAUGACACUCACAGGUUACCCAGUGCGUUUGGCCAACAUAAUAAUGCGAGAAAGGUUUCGCUUCCACCAUUAUUACUAGAGGAGGAUAAACGAAAAGUUAGUGCAGGAAAAAAACAUAUGAAAACAAGGAAACCAUCAAAACAUGUGUAUAAUUUAGACAGGGUUAAGUAACAAAUGAUCUCAAUGUAAAGGAAAGCUGUGACGAAAUUGGUGAAACUAAAUUAAUGUACUGUUGUGGUCGAGUGAAUUUAGAAGUGGUUUGAACUUUUAUGGUGUUCAAUAAUUUUAAUAAAUAGCUUGUUUAGUAUACUGCUCGCAAACUUUUCUUUUUCUGUCUAAAAACUUGUUGCUGUUUUAAGCAAGGUUUGCCAAUGUCGGAUUGUAGAAUUUCGCACGUGAGGAGGAUGUUCCAAGAUUUGUCAUUCGUGUUGCCAGCGCAUUUGCAGCAAAAAGUAAAUUUUCAUAUUUUAUAAUAUCACAUAUACAUACUUUAUAUCGUAUGGCAUUACCAUCUUGCCCGUCAGAGGCAUUUUUAUUGAAAAGUCUGAAUUCAAUUUUGAGAUGCUUUGUAGAUUUCACAGUUUGGGUUGGUUAGCACAAAAACGAUUUUAAAAAUCUACUAGUGGUCUAGUUUGUCUGGAUGUUGGCUAUGGAAGUGAAUGUAGCAGUAUAAUUAAUUUAGUAUUGAAAUGUGUCUAGUCAAUUACCGCUGUUAGGGUUUGCGACUGUUGAUAGAAUGUUGUUCAUUUGUGUGUACUAAGGGAGUGCCUUAGAUUCUCAAUGUUUUGUUGACUCCUUAUGGAGAACAUAUCAGAAUGAAAUAUAUAUUUUUAAAUUGAAUAA